GUUAGCGACAAAAGUUAGAGCUUAAGAUAGGUAGAAGUUCCACAAUGUCGAGGUGGGGGGGCGAGACAGUAUGUAGACCCCAGACCGGAACCCAUCCCAGACCAACUGUAUUCGUACUUAUCUACGGAUCCGUACUGCAAGCAAGGCCUGAGGUCAAGGUCUGAAAGCCCCCCUCCCCUCCCGUACAGGAGGUGAUCAAGUUACUAGGCCGCACCCUUCGAUUCGAGAAGCCCUCGAGCUUCCAAGCUCUCUUCUCACCUUUGCCUCCAACCUUCUUGCUGCUUAGUCAGAGCACAGCGUCAGCUACCGCCGGUUCUGGCCGUUUUCGAGUCGUCCGAUCAAUUGGCGCUUUGCAGCAAGAAUAAGAACCCAAAGAGGAUACCGCAACUCGAGUUACGAGCUUAUGCAGAUGGCGGAACCCCGAGCGACGGACGACAACAGUGUCGACAUCUUGGCCAAGACGGAGGACACCACUCCGCCAAACGACAGCAGUGCGCAUUCGCAAUCCGGCAAGCCCCCACCACGCAAGCGCCGUCGCGUUGUCAUCUCAUGCCUCGACUGCCACAAGCGCAAGCAAAAAUGUGAUCGCAAACUGCCCUGUACCAACUGCGUCUCGAGGGGGAAGCAAGCGACGUGCCGCUACGAGACGGGCGCCCCCGUAUCCAGGGACCACCAGGGUCGCAAAGGCUCAAAUCAGACCGACAACGAUGACUCGCCGCCAAUGGACGGCGGCAGUAAUCACAACGAAGGCGGCGUAAGCGGUAGUGGAGGGCACAUUACGAUCAAGCCUGCGGAUUUUGGCUACUCGAACAGCAACGGCAACGGUGCGAGCACCUUGGGCUUCCUGAAGAAGAUCGAGGGCGCAGGCUCCGGCGAGCCGCUGAGCAGUGUAGGCGGCGUCGGAGAAACACAGGAUGGCGAUCACUUUGGAUCAAGAGAACGCUACAAGAGUCUGGUCCGGCAUCUGCCCGCCCGCACAUUCGUGGAGAAGCUCGUCGAUAUAUACUUCCGGGAGUUCAACUGGAUGUACUACACCAUCGACGAGGCCGAGUUCCUCGAGAACCUCGAGAAUUGGUACAAGUUACCUUUCCACCUGCUGUCUAACGCUGGACCGCAGGGCAUUGAGCCGACACUGAGAUCAUUCCCGGCUUUGUUGUUCCAAAUGCUGGCAACGUCAUUGCUCGGUAUUUUCAAUGAAGACGACGAGAAGUUCGUGGGUUUGAAAUAUGCCGGCAACAUGACGUUUGAGGAUCUGGCUCUAGAGUACAGCGAAACAGGUGUCGCAAUAUUGAGCUUGCUUGGAAAGCGCCAAAUGACGGUGCCUACUGUCCUGGCUGGCUGGGUACGCGCCGCCUUUCUCAAGUACACCGGCCAGGUCACCGAAGCGUGGCAUCAAGUAGGCACUGCUAUCAGAGAUGCGCAAGAAAUAGGCCUGCAUCGCGAUCAGUUUGAUCCACAACCAGGUCCAGACGACAAUACGGAGCAGGCUCUCGAGGCAAUGUGGAAAGCAGAAAGUCGACGCAAAAUCUGGAUGACUCUGGUCCUGUGGGAUUUACACACGGGUGCAGUCCUAGGACGGCCAACAAGCGUGGACCAGCGGACCCUGAAGAGAAGCCUCCCCGUCGACGCGCCAAUUCCUGUCAAUAGGAGGAAAACGCCCAUAUUUCCGCGCGGUGAGAACGAUCCUCCGACGCCGCUGAGUAGAGCGCUAUGGUCGUUUGAGAUUAUGCGGCCUCUGCGUGAAAUUCUAGACCUGGAGAAGGAGGGGCCGUUUCCCAAGGACUUCUCUAAAGUGGAGAAACUUCACCAGGAGCUUCUGGAGUUGCAGGAGCAAACGCCUCCCGAGUUCCGCCUCGAGAAUCCAGACACCCGCUUCGACCAUCUCCCGGAAUGCGCCUGGCUACGGUUCGCUCGACCAACGUUGCCUCAGCUGAUCUCUUUCAAUUUCAUGGCCUUGCACAGGCCGUACAUCUUCACACGAGCAGAUAGCCGACACAAAGCCCUCAAGGCAAGCUUAGACAUGCUAGAAGCGCAGAGUAUCCACUUCAAAGCGUUGAGCCCCCAACAGUACAAGACGUUCAGCUUGUUCUUUGGAACAUUUGAUGCUAUUGUCAUGAUGGCUAGUAUCUACAUCCUCUUUCCCAAGGAGCAUCCCGAACUCCUCAGUAAUGCGCUGCAGCAUUUCCUGUGGGGAGUGGAAAGAUUUGAGGCCAUGGCAACUCGCAAUCGGCUAGCAGCUGCGGCGCUGGGCGUACUGAAUGCCAUUUACAUCCGCCUUAAGAAGGCUAUAGGUCAUGGCUUUCUAAAUAGGGCCUGUCCUCGCUCGUUCACUUGCCCUCAAGAUUGCCCAAGAACUGAAGAGCUCAACGGUGGUGAUGGUACCGAUUCAGACAGGCAGACAACGUUGUCUGAUACUUCACCCAAUAAUUCCCACCAUCACCCAUCGGUAGCUUCUACAUCUGUAUGUUCAGCAAUACAGCCUUCAGAGUCUGGCGCGAGUGUCAAUACGGUCACGACUAGCACUGGUACCGGGCUUACGCCUGGCGCAGACAUAUUUGCCUCGCCAGACUGGUCAUUUCCAACAAACUUUGACUUCGGUUCUCUACCACCUAUGUAUCCAAUGGGCGACGUAGCCUACAACGACCUCACUGGCAUCAGAGAAGAUGGAUUCAUUGCUGGCGCCGGUAUACCCAGUCAGUGGCCUUGUGCAGUAGAUGCUAAUCUAUUGGGCAGUGGUAUGGGUGCUGUUACAAACGAUCAAGGUGAAGUAGGAUACAACUUUGGAGGCGAGUUUGGUAAUGACACAAUAUGGAACUUGCUGAAUCAGUUCCCCCCACAUUAAGCAACAUCCAAGAUAACAAUAAUACAAUCAAGAGAUCACGAGGUGUCCAUCCAAAGCAGUCCUGCAUUCCAGUCGAAGCGACAUUUCAUGGCGUGUAAAUCGAUACUUACCAUAUGUUGCUACGCAUGGUGCUAGAGGUGAACUUGUCGACAGUAGAUUGCUCUCAGCCCCUCCCUCAGCGGCUGCAACUGAACCGGAAGGGGAAG